AUAUCACAAGCAAUAGAGAUCCCAGCACAGAUCUCUGCAUAACUCCACUGGUCACCGACCUCCAGCCUGAACAACACCCUCCACCACAGCCCUCUUGUCUUCUAUCAGUAAGCCACUUCUGAAUCCAUACAACAAAGUCACAGUGAAUCCCACGCAUCUUACUCUUCUAGAUCAGUCAACUAUGGGGAACUUUAUCAAAUGCCUUACUGAAACAACAAGCAGAACAAUGUGCAGAAGUCAUCUUUGAGGAGAAAAAGUAACUCUUAAUACCUGCGAAUACCCACGAAAAAAUCUACCAAAGUUGUCACUGAAGUUGCUUUCAUCUGAAGCAAAUCCUCGUUAUUCUUGGAUACGGACAAGUCGUCUUCCAUCUUCAAAGCAGAAGACUGAACGUAAUAAAUGAAAGUGAAUCUCUUUGGGUUGGGGAAGGGGGGAUCUAUAUUGCUGGAAUUUGUGACCCAAUUGUGAUCUUUGAACGGCUGAAUUGGUUUGAGCAUUCUCUGUGAAUCCAGUAAAGUUGGAAGGAGUGGUGCGCUGGAUUGUGUUUCCUGCAACAUCGUCACACCCAGCCUUUACCCCCGCGAGAUGCAAUAACGGAAUGAAGGACGCGAUGGCUAAUAAUCUGGACCUCAGUUUUCUGACUGACGACGAGUAUCAGGCGGUGCUGAAGGUCAUUCAGAGGGAUUUGGAUCUCAAGCACAAGGACGGUGAACGGAUUAGGACUGUACAGAAAUCCAUUCAAGAUGAGAAGCAAAGGAAGCUGGUCACCGGACAGUGGUUUGACGAGGUUAAAGCGAAACGAUACAGGAAUGCUGUAAUUGGAGUGGAUCUGAUCAAGGCCUCGAUGAGAAGGGGGAAACCUGUAACACAUGAGACUACUGUAAAGACUGAACUACAGCAAGUUCAUCAAGCUCCAUCGAGUCGAAUAUUGUCUCAGGGGUCAAAAUAUCGAAGUACAAGCGUUUCAACUGAGGAAACUACUGAAGAAUCUCCAGGGGAGGGAGAAAAAAUCACAGCAAAACAACAAAUUAAACCAUGGUCAACAUUCCACAAAGAAGCUCAGAGGACGUCACAAAACGAUUCUUCGGAAAGCAGCAGCGAUGAUUCAAGUACUAUACAAGUUACCCCCGAAACACUCAAAAAGGGCCAGCAAAGAGAUUUCGCAGAACCUAAUGUCUCCGCUACGAUAUCUGAGCCUAUUUCUGAAAGGCAGAGGCAAAACAAGACUAUAAGUAUUCAGCAUCCACAAAUCUACCGGACACGCAACAGUUCGGACAUCUCCACCCAAUUACCGAUAAAAUCCACUUCCAAUGUUUCUCGAAUGCCAAGGAGAAUCAAUUCUGUGGGUACUUCAGAAGAGUUGUGCAGAACUGGGGAACCAGCAUCUCCAAAUGGCAAUACCUUAGAGCAGGCCCACUUAAGUGGUCAUGACGGAACUCCUACAGAUUCCAGGCCAGCCAAACCAGUCAGAGUUCACACCCAGCCUGACGUGACCCAAGCCAACCUGUGUAAUAAUGAGAGCAGGGGCCCGGCCUCCGCUUCAGUAGGUAGCAACACCCGGAUUCCAAGAGCGCAGAACCAUUUAGAGUUCACAGAAGAAGCGCGGAAGGUUCCAGAAGAAUCGGAACACAGUGAUCUGAACGGGCUAGGACAUUUUGCCGCCACCACUGUACCGUCUCCAGUGCAGGAGAAUGUCCUGGACAAUCAAAAACCAAAGAAGCCUGUGGCGGUUCGUUAUAAAGGCGCACCAACCUACCAGAUCUCAGCAGCUGGUGACAAAAAGAAAAUGGGUUCCUCGAAUGCUACCCACAUUCCAAAACGGAAAAACCGAUGGAAGGAAAGUGAAAAUGUAUCUGCUGAGAAACUGGAAGAUCUUGCUCCUGAGCCAGUUGGUUCGCAACGACUCCCUGAAGCCAUUGCUAGCGAAGACCUCCAGCCACUUGAAAGACUGAACCUAUCACCAACAUCGCGGAUUCCAAGACUUAAAAAUAUUUCAGAAACAGCAGGUGAAAAUUCAAAAGCAUCUAGUGAAGAACUGAAGCAAUCAAGUAAAGAGUUGCCAGGUAAGAACAGACCUGAUAGAAUAACUGACCAAGGAAAGGCUGCCUUCCAACCUGCUAGCAGAAUAGCUAAAUAUCAGUCAACGUCCUCAGAUGACGAGGGAGAGAAAGGUCUUAAUCCAGGUACCAUGUUCACCAUAAGUGCCUUAAGCAAUAAGCAUCCUGAAGAGGAAGCACUCACUGAUCCCAGACAUUUUAAAAACCUGAAGCAUUUUUGGGAAAAAGGAGUUGAUUCCAGUAACGGAAACAAUGAUACUUCCAAAAUUCCGUUCAGAAAGGUUAGAUCACCAGAUCACAGGAGCAGCCCGACCAAAAUGAAACUCUCCACAGAGGUUGAAUCAGAGUCCGAUGUGCCUAGCAGGGAAAGUCUCCCAACUGGCAUCCCUUCUAAGUUGGAGCGAGGGGGAAACCUGUCAGGUCCUUCUACCUCUGAGGAAGAUGAAAAAGUUGUGCCGUUGGCUAGGACCAGCAAGUUGGCUCCAAUUCCCACUCCGAGAAUCAGUACAGCGAUCAAACUGAAGAAGAAUGAUGCCUCGGGGACUAACUGGGAUAAAGACCCAGAAGCAAAUGCGCCCAUGGUUGCUAAAGCAUCCGAAACAAUUGUCCAAAGAACUCACAGCAGUGAUGAUCAGUCAAAAGAUUCCGUUGUCCUGGAAUCCAUAGGACAGGCAAGACCCACAGCCACAAGGUUGUCCAGCAACUCCAGUUUGGACGAAUCUUUGCCCAUCACGAAAAAUAAUCAAAGCGCUUCUCUUGAUGUGAUGGAGAAACCCGUGGAAGAGGAGUUUCUCCCAGUGAAAGAGAACGCAAGAAAGGAGAUGCACGAAAAGCUAAUGAAGUUGGCAGCUGAGGCAGCCUUAUGUGACCCAGCACCCAUGAUGCGGCCCACUGUGAUACAGGCCGAUGUGGACAUUUGCAAGGAGAGCCCGGGACCUUCUGACAGUAGUCACAAGCACGAGAUCAGGACCUCCUUGGAAGGUGGCACAAUAAACCUCCAAGAAGAAUGCCCUGCUUCUCCAAAGGAAAAAGUAGAGGAAGCCACAGCAAACGUUGUGUCCAGCGCGCCCAUGUUAGAACCAGACACGGUCCCGGUAGGGGAUGAAUGGGUCAACAGUUCUCCAACGAGCCAGGUGGAAGAGCUGGUGAAUCGCUCACCAGAUAUAGAGAUAACUGAACGUGAGGCUGUCAGGAACUUUGAUAAGCGUAUGAUGCCGGGACGUGUAAAUGAAGAAUCAACAAUACACUGUAAGAAAGCGCGUUCUGGAGAUGUAGAAGUGCAAGCAUUGCCUACGGAAGAACUCCAAUUGCCAGCCAAUUUUCUCCCCAUUGUGGAUAAGAAGCCUCUCGGCCUCAGUGAUACACACAACGAUGAUGACCCAACAUUCAACGCAGCAAACAGAAAUCAGGAGAAGGACUCUUCAAAUGGCGUUCAUUGUGUGGAUGAUUCGGAGAGUAACAAUGAUUUUCAGACGAUAGAAUCAGGACCUACCUAUGGAUUAUCUCCUGUGAUGAGGGCUUUAGCCAGAGCCAGGAAAGCUAACGCUAAGAGUAUGGACAACCUCAACUCUACUCUAGACAGGGAAACGAUCGAUUCCUCGGUGCAUGAGAACGAAACAAAAGGCGAUGGUGAGAGAUUGAGCAGUGACCAGUCAUCGGCUGAUGAUAAGUCAUCUGUAAUGAGGACUUCAGUCUUGGAGAACACCAGGGUGAAGGAACUGAGCAAGUCUGUCCCAAUGCUGAUAUAUGAGAGCGAAUCUGAUUCAGCUUCAGAGAUCAGCUUCAACGUUGGAUGGCACAGGAAGACUCCGAGUGAUGCCAGCCACUCUUCAGAUAUGGCAUCAGUAUCUUCGGUGAGUGGAAGCAUCAUGAGCGUUUACAGUGCUGAUUUUGGGAGCAUUGAUGCCCAGGGCUCUGUUCGGUUUGCUCUGGAUUACAACGAGAAGAAUAAAGAGUUCCAAAUCUAUGUGAGUCAGUGUAAGGAUCUUGCCAUGGUGGAUGAGAAGAAGGGUCGGACAGAUGCGUAUGUAAAGACCUACUUGCUUCCAGAUAAGGCACGCAUGGGCAAGAGGAAGACUUCUGUCAAGAAGAGAAACACUAGUCCUUUCUACAAUGAAAUAUUGAAGUAUAAAAUUGAGAAGAGCGUUCUCCUGAUCCAAAGACUUAAUUUAUCCAUCUGGCAUAACGACACAUUGGGCCGGAAUAGUUUUCUUGGAGAGGUGGAUCUGGAUUUAGCCAGCUGGGACUGGAGUAAUCGGGAACUAAACUGGUAUCUUCUAAAAUCGAGGAUUCCGGCAGUGGGAGACGGAGUGGACCACAGGGGAGAAAUAAACCUCGCUAUCAAGUACAUCCCAGUUGGCACCCUCGGCACUGGUGACCCACCUACUGGGGAGGUUCACAUCUGGAUGAAAAAUGCCAGGGACCUGCUGCAGCUGCGACCAUCCGGAGUGGACUCAUUUGUGAAAUGUUACGUGCUCCCUGACACAAGUAAGAAGAGCUACCAGAAGACCCGGAUAGUGAAGAAGGACAUCAAUCCAACUUACAACCACACCAUUGUAUACGAUGGCUUCAGAACAGAGGAUCUCAAGGAAGCUUGUGUGGAGCUGACCGUUUGGGACCAUGAGAAACUGAGUAAUCAGUUUCUCGGUGGACUCCGGCUGGGUCUUGGUACAGGAUAUAGUUAUGGGAUCCCAGUGGAAUGGAUGGACUCUACCGAAGAAGAGGCGGCUCUCUGGCAAGAAAUGAUGUCCAAUCCAAACGAGUGGAUCCCAGGCUCGUUGGCACUUCGGUCUCGACUCGGUGGCAAGAAGCUUAAAUGAAAGAGCACUUUGUGCAAAAAAAAAAUGACAUUUUAGGGUCUUAAUUGCCAAAACAAAACACAUAUUAAAUACUGAUGUUGCACUUA